UAUUUCCUCUCAUCUAGUCAUCUCUCUCCCCCUGAUUGGAGUGAACCACACCACCCAUCCAAGGUACUGUUACAUUCAUGUUACGGAGUGUAAAUCCUUCCAAAGAAAAAGGGAAAAGUUUCCAACUUUCCAUUCGCUCGACCGUUGUUCAAUUUGCAUAAUCACAAUCAAUAGCAGAAGAGAUGAGCUUAACAGCUCUGAAUGGUUUGGGUUGCAGUCAUGGCGUGGGUUGGAUCCCAAUAUCCAGCUGCAAUUACCUGCACCGAAGCAGAACUGCUCCUUUCGCGUGGUACUGUGACAAGCAUAGGAAACUGGUUGAGCGGAAAAUUUCAUGCGAGGCUCUUCCGGAAGAGCCCAGAUUAUUUGUGAAGACGCUCCAGCUUGAGGGGUUUACAACAGCUUUUGUUGCAUCAAAUAUGCUUAUGACUAGUACUGCAAAUGCUUUGACCAUGCAAGGCAACAUGCUUCCUUCUUCUCUUUAUGCAUUGGCUGAUGGAGGCAUUACAGAUUGGUUUGGAGACUUUUUAUACUCUGCAGGUCAACAGGCUAAUGAGGCUGUUCAAGGCCAGUUGUCAGCUCUGAAUGUUUCUAGUUUAGCUGUGAUAUUUGGAGCAGGGCUCGUAACCAGCCUUUCACCUUGUACGUUGAGCGUUUUGCCACUUACCCUCGGUUACAUUGGGGCAUUUGGCUCCGGGAAGAGUCGUGCAGCGGUUAUUGCAGACUCUGUUGCUUUUGCAUUAGGAUUGGCCACAACACUUGCAUUACUUGGCAUUGCCGCUGCAUUUGCUGGAAAGGCAUAUGGUCAGAUCGGCCGUGGGCUACCUGUGGCUGCCUCUAGUCUUGCUAUUGUUAUGGGCCUUAAUUUGUUAGAGGUAGUAGAGUUGCAGCUUCCCUCAUUUUUCAAUAAUUUUGAUCCGCGUACAGCUGCUGCCAAUUUCCCUUCAAGUGUGCAAGCAUAUUUGGCGGGUCUUACGUUUGCCUUAGCUGCAUCACCUUGCAGCACACCAGUACUGGCCACCUUACUUGGAUAUGUUGCUGCAUCUAAGGAUCCAAUUGUAGGAGGCAGCGUACUGCUGACAUAUACAACCGGAUAUGUUGCUCCAUUACUUCUUGCAGCUUCCUUUGCUGGAGCAUUACAGAGCCUGCUUUCUGUGCGCAAGUUCUCAGCAUGGAUAAACCCAGUCAGUGGUGCACUCCUACUAGGUGGCGGUGUAUAUACCAUCUUGGAUAAGCUUUUUCCUGUAACAAUGACAAUGUAGAGAUUCAGGUUGAUCAGGAUACAUCUCGUCAAAUUGCACCAUUUGAAUUUUUAAUAUGCAAGACCAGUGAAGAUGUUCAGGUAAAAUGAGGGUGAUAUAUAACCAUGUUAGGAUUAACUAUACAUGAUUUUGAUGAUGUAAUGUAUUUUUAAAUCUGAAUCCCCGCUAUUUUAUCCUUCGCAUAACUACAAAAUGUAAGGUCAAACUCAGAAAUAAUGUAUCUUUUACUGUUGUUUUCUUUAGUAAAAAUGUUUUAAAAUACUAGUAUCUGUUUAGCGAGUCAAGUCCAUCAAUAAGUUCAGUGAUUUCAGUCAUAAUUGUUCCAG